AUGUCCCAGCCCAUGCCCAUGCCAAUGCCCAUGCCCAUGCCACAGUUCCAGCCCACGCCCCAGCUCCAGCUCAUUCACCAGCCAGAGUUCAAGUCCCACUUUCAGUCCCACGUCCAUUACCACUCCCAUCUCCAGCCCCAGCCCAUGAUCCAGCCCCAGCUCCCGUCCCAGCUCCAGCCCCUGCCCCUGCCCCAGCCCCAGAUCUACUUCACCUCCAGUCCCAGCCCUAGCUUCAGCCCCAGCGUCAGCGUCAGCGACAGCCCCAGCCCCAACCCCAGCUUCAGCUCCAGCCUCAGCCCCAGUCCCCGUUGUACCCCAAAUCCAAGCUCCAUUCCCAGCACCAGCCUCAUCUCCAGCUCGGGUCACAACCGCAGCCCAAGUCGCAGCCCCAGCCCUAGCUCCAGCUCCAGCUCCAGCUCCAGCUCCAGCUCCAGCCCCAGCCCCAGCCCCACCCCAAUCCAAGCUCCAGUCCCAGUUCCAGUCCUAGCCUCAGUCCCAGUCCUAGUCCCACUCCAUCCCCUCUCCAAGCCCCAGUCCCAUCUCCAGUCCCAGCCUCAGUCGCCGCCUCAGUUCCAGCUCCAGUCCCAGCCCGAGUCCCAGUCCCACUCCCAUCCACUCUCGAAGCCCCUGUCCCAGCUCCAGUCCCAGCCUCAGUCCCAGCCUCACUUCCAGCCCCAGCCUCAGCCUCAGUCCCAGUCCCAGUUCCAGCUCAGGCCCCAGACUCAGUCCCAGUCCCCAAGCCCCAGUCCCAGCUCCACUCCAAGGAUUAGUCACAGCCCAGCCUCAGUCCCAGUCCCAGUCCAAGUUCCAGUCCCAGCCUCAGUCCCAGCCCCAGCUCAAGCCACCGCCCAGCUCCAGCCCAAUCCCCAGCUCCAGUCCAAGCCCAAGCCCCAGCUCCAACCCCAGGUCCAGCCACCGCCCCAGCCCAAGCCCCAGCUCCAGCCCAAGCACCAGCUCCUGCUCCCGCCAAAGGCCCCAGCUCCAGCCCCAGGUCCAGCCCAAGCCCCAGCAUCAGCUCCUGCUCCAGCCCAAGCACCAGCGCCAGCACCAGGUCCAGCAACCGCCCCAGCUCCAGCUCCAGCCCAAGCACCAGCUUCAGCCUUUUUUAUUAUUAUUGGCACCCCAGCACGUGACACUACUUGA